AUGCCCUUUUGUACCAAUUUAAAUCCAAAAGCAACAAUAUAUGCUUCAAAUCAUUUCAAAAAUGUGUUUACUAAUGGUACUUUGGCAAGAGGUAGCGUAGAAAAUGUUUUAUCUCAUCAUAUAUCUACUGAUGUUGAAGAAUAUGCUGCCGAAUGCUACAUUGAACAUAAAUUUAUAGGUUUUCUCAAUUUUUUGGAAAUGACAAGACAUUUAAAUUUUUUUAAUUUUUUAACAAGAUUAAGAUAUAAUAAUAGAAUUUCAAGAUAUAUUUCUAGAUCUAGGCGUGGAUCUUUUUUCCAUCCAAUUCAAGUUCGUAAUUUAAUAUAUAAAAGAAAUAUACAUUUUGGGAGAAUAUCAAUUAAUAAUGAUUUUAUAACACGUGUUAUUUGGUCUAACGGUGGACCAAGAACAAUUGUUAUACGCAGAAAAUUAGAAAAAAGAAAAUUUAUCAUUCCAACAGGUUCAAAUUUUGGAAGAUAUCUUAAUUUAUUAUAUGAAUAUGAGUUUGAUGUUGAAGAUAAUGAUGAUUACAUAGAAACAAUACGUAGAGUAACAAGUACAAAUUAUAUUUUUAUGAAUGAAAAUAUCAUUAACAAUUUUGAAAAUUUAAAUAUUAUUUAUAAUAAUGAUUUAUCAAAUCAAAAUUCAGGUUAA